AUGGCAGCGAUUGGAGUAGUACCGACCCUCAUCGACGAUUCGAAAGAGCCUUCUAUCGAUGAUAAGAACUCGUUUAGCGACGAGAAGCAUGAGCGACAUGAACAGGUUGAAGCGGUAGGGGGUGUUCUUAUAGAUACGGAUGAUAUCGGCGAUGUCUUCGAUAGCCCUCGCCUCAUCGACUUGGGUGAAGAUGGUAAAGAGAGGCCCAUUCAGACGAGCGCCGACUAUGCUGUCCGACUUGUAUCUCUCGAAGACGACCCCAAGGUCCGGAUAUUUACUUUUAGGUUGUGGUUUCUCGGACUCGGUCUAUCUUGCUUUGGCGCUGUCCUUGGACAAAUCUUCUACUUCCGUCCCCAAACGAUUACUGUUAGUUCGCUCUUUCUCCAGGUAGGGAAUGACUAUAAUCGAGAGUUGCUCGGUGUACUCACAAAGAUGCAGAUCAUAUCUUUUAUCAUGGGUAAAGCUAUGGAGGUGAUCAUUCCUGGUCCCAGCCCUACUUCGCGCUUUCGAACGCGAGAUAAUCGGUUUUGGAGAUUCCUCAAUCACGGCCCAUUCAACCUCAAGGAACAUGUCGCAAUCACCAUCAUGUCUUCAACUGCGUCGGCAUCCGCCCUAGCCAUCAGUAUCCUCGCUUCUCAAGACCUAUAUUACAACAUAGAGGUAAAUCCUGGAGUUGGUAUCUUCACAUUGAUCUCCUCUCAGCUGGUUGGUUACGGUCUUGCGGGUAUCAUGCGUGACUUCCUUGUGUACCCGACAUUUGCCAUAUAUCCUCAAAUCAUACCCCAAGUACAGCUCUAUGACACUCUUCAUCGCAGUCAAGAGGCCAUUAUGCAGAAGAAACGAAUGAAAUUUUUUUGGUUUAUAUUCAUAGGGAUCUUCAUAUGGGAAUGGUUUCCGGAAUACAUCGCCCCGACGCUCACAGGGAUCAGUAUCUUCUGUCUCGCCGACCGCAAGAGCCCUUGGGUUACUCGGAUAUUCGGUGGCGCGAAUAACAAUGAAGGCCUUGGCGCAUUGGCAUUAUGCUUUGACUGGGUUUAUGUUGGCUCUGGAGGUGGCACUAUUGGCGCAAUGUUUACCCCCUUGUCAACGAUGCUUUCGCUUUACGCCGGAUGCGCCGUUUGCAUGAUCGCCUUCUGUGCUUGCUAUGCGAUGAACACUUGGGACACGCAAAACUUCCCCUUUCUGUCUCAGCUCCUGUAUUACAAGAAUGGGACUGAAUAUGCCCAGCUUUCAAUCCUGAACCCCGACCUUACUUUGAACAACACACUGCUUGAGGAACAGGGACUCCCUUUCUAUGCCGCCUCGCAGUUGCUCUUCCAAGUAAGCCGGACUAUUUACAUCGGGGCAUCUGUCACUCAUUUCUUCGUUUGGUACUGGCCAACGUUCUCAGAAAUCAUCAAGAACUACCGAACCAAAGAAUGUGAUGAUCCUCAUUACCAGAAGAUGAGGGUCUACAAAGAAGUCAGCAAUUGGUACUAUGCAGUUAUUUUCUUUAUUUGCUCUGCGUUGGCUAUUGGCUUAGCCUAUGCAGCAAAAUCAGGACUUCCAGCUUGGGCUUUAAUUAUUGCGCUUAUAUUCGCGGCGUUCUUUGUUCCUAUCAUUGGAACACUUAAUGCGACUGUCGGAUAUGCACCUCUCGUUCAAAACCUCAUGCAGAUGCUUGGCGGUGCCCUUGUUCCCGGAAGACCUGUCGCAAACAUGUACUUCACAUUGUACGGUGAAAAUCCUGUUACCCAAGCACUUCUACUGCUCCAGGACUUGAAAACGGGUCAAUACACUAAAAUCCCUCCACGAGUGACUUUUACCGUUCAAGUGUGCGGGACUAUCGUGGGCGGUAUCUUGAACUACGUCAUUAUGAAGGUCGUCCUCAAUGCGCAGCGAACGAUCUUACUAGAUGUCCAAGGCUCCAAUGUAUGGUCUGGCCAACAGGUACAAUCUUAUAACAGCGCAGCUAUCGCAUGGGGUGCUCUUGGAAAGCCCUUAUACGCUCCAGGAACUCAAUAUGCGUUCGUUCCGUACAUGCUGCUCGUCGGCCUCUUAUGCCCUAUUCCAUUCUGGCUUCUACACAAGAAAUGGCCUAAAUUUGGAUUCAAUUAUGUCUUCACCCCUAUAUUGGUUGCUGAGCUUGGUCUCUUGAGUGUUGGUAUUAAUUCCAGCGUCUUCACGACGUUACUUGUAGCAUUGUUUUCGCAAUAUUACCUGCGGAAGUAUCAUGCCACCUGGUUCCGCAAAUAUAAUUUCCUACUUUCUGCUGCAUUAGACGGAGGUAGUGAGAUCAUGAUCUUCGUCAGUACGUUCGCAGUGAAUGGCGGUAGCGGAACUGCACAUCCAUUCCCAAAUUGGGCUCUCAAUCCAGCACCUGGAGAGGUGAACAUCGAUUAUUGUAUGGCAUUGAAUAAUUGA